CCGCCCGCCGCCCGCCGCCCGCCGCAGCCGAAUCUUCCUUCCAGCGUAAGCUGCUGAUGAUUAGCGGCGGCAACCUCCAUUUUUUUUCACCCGGCUACGGUUUCCCUCGCACAAACCCCCAAAAGGCAAAACCCCCCCAAUUCCAUCUCCCCCCAUCUCUCCCCUCCCCCGAUCGCAGGCCGAUCGGCGGCGGCGGCGAUGGCGCUCGUGCGCCCCCGGAUCGAUAUCGACUGGAAGGCCCCCCGGGCGUCGUCGGACGACGAGAAGCGGCGCGGGACCUCCUACCCCACCAGGAGGUUUGGGGGCCUGCGCGGCGAGCUCGAGCAGCGGCGCGGCGAGCGUGGCCCCGCCGCGGUUGCGGACGACGGGGCGAACCGCCGGGUGACGCGCGCGGCCGCGAAGGCUGCUGCUCGGGGACCGGAUGCUCGCUCCGAUGCUGCCAAUGUAUUCAACUUCAGUCAGGAGGAUGAGGAGGGGGAAGAUGCGGGCCGCAAAUACUCUCCCUGUUCUAGUGGAAAAAAGAAUUAUGGCGUGCUACCUAUUAUUAAACGCAAACGCCAUGGGCAUGUUGGACCAAGGACUAUACCAGUGGAUAAGAUGUACUCAAGCCAACCAUUUUCAAAAUCUGGGAACCAGCAGAGGGCUCAUUCCAUUGAUCCAGAGGAGUCGGAUCAUGGAAAAUGUCAGCAGAGUGAAAGUUUCAGUUUCAGUAGAUUUUCCAAGAGGAGGAAGGAACAGCUUCAGGAUUCAUCCUCCGUUUAUUCUCGAAAGGUUCAAGAUGUGGUUCUAUUGGAUGAUGAAGAUAUGCAAACUGAGGGAGAAGUAAACUAUGAGAUUUCUGACAUACGGAAUGAACCAAAGAUCUACUACCCAUCAAGAGAUGAUCCAGAAGCCGUGGAGCUCACCAGCUCAGAUAUUAGCUGUCUUGACCCUGGAGCAUUUUUGUCGUCACCGGUGAUAAACUACUACAUCCAGAACAUCAAAAGGACCAGAUUGAACCGUGAAGAUUGCAGAGACAAAUUCUACAUAUUUAACACGUAUUUUUAUGGAAAGCUUGAAGAAGCAUUGUAUCAGCUGGGUGACUUGUCAAAGUUGAGAAGAUGGUGGAAAGGUGUCAAUAUAUUUCAUAGAGCAUACGUCAUCUUGCCGAUCCAUGGGGCGGUACACUGGAGCUUGGUAAUCAUUUGCAUGCCUGCAAAAGAGAGUGUUUCAGGACCAAUCAUACUUCAUCUGGACUCCCUCGGGAUGCAUCACAGUACUAAGAUCUUGAACACAGUUGGGAGAUACCUUGAAGAAGAAUGGCAGCACUUAAAGAAGAAUACUUCUCCUGAGACAUCAGUUUCGGAGAUAAUAUGUGAGGAUCUUCCAAGUAAUAUACACAAGGAAAAAGUUCAGGUUCCACAACAGAAUAAUGCGUACGACUGUGGCAUCUUCAUGCUUUAUUACAUUGAACAGUUUAUAAGAGAGGCACCAGAAAGGUUCACGAUAGAUAACCUUGACAUGUUUAAUUGCAGUUGGUUCAAACCUGAAGAUGCUUCUGGGCUAAGGCUGAGAAUAAGAGAGCUACUGCAGGAAGCAUUUGAAAGUGCCUGUCAUGUACUGCAGUACAUACAACAGACGUCGAAGAGCGCGGGAUGUGCGGCGCGCAGAAGAACGCGCGAUGCGCGCAGCAGGAGCACGAGCAGAGGAAGCUACGAGUUGCGUAGCCGAGGUCCGGCCAGUCAGGGGUUCAACGCCCUUGACAACUUGGUAUCACGAUCCCGGCGAUCCUCGCCUACUCGACCCCCUUCGUCUUCUGUUGCCGCCGGGCCCUCUUCACCAGGCUCCGCUACUUCCUGCGCCACUCCGGCCAUCGGGGAUGACCUCAAGGCUACCGUCGAGGACCUCACCAAGGCUGUCCAAGCCCUCCAGGCCACCGCCGAGGCUAAUGCCAGGGCCAUCCAAGCCCUGUCCACCGAUCAACCGUCGUCCGCUGGCCACCCCCCAUCGUCUGGUGAACAUUGUUACAUAAUAUGAUCAGUUGAUCAUUAGGAAAAGAAUGGAAGAAAACUGCCAGACGUUGAUCACGACGGUUGCCUGUUGAAUGGCCACGAUCUCCUCUUAACGGACGUCUCCUCCAUUUCUCCUCCGCUUCCAUGCAUGUAUAAAUACAGAGCAAUGAAUAAAGAUUGUGUGACUUUGCCCCAUUAA